UAUGUUUUUUAAGUAACGGUUUCCAACUAUUUUUAUAGCAAUGACUCUGACAAACUUUAUUUGGAUUCCUAGAAAGGCUAAUAUGGUUUAAACUAGUAAAAAGGGAAAGGUUUAAACAAGUAGGGAAAAAUUGGAAGUUAAUCAUAAGCCAACGCAUGUUUGGCCAGGUACUGUUUACUUUUACUAACGGGCUCGCACCGUUUUUUAUUCAAAUUAUAUUUAAUUGAAUUUGAUUUUUGAUAGCUUUAAUUUUUUGUUUUGCCUUUGCCUUCUAUAAUCGUUAGUAAUCUCUGUUGUCACCUGAAAAAGGAUUUUGUUGUGAAAGUUCUGCACAACAUUAUACAUAAAUCUGAGUAAUUUCAGUAAUUUUUGAAAUAAAAAUGAAAAUAUGUAGUCAUUGUUUGGAUGUCGAGUGAACAGGUGAUAUUCGCGGUCUCAUUCGGCUACACUAUGUGGAUGCCUUCGUGUUCUGUUGCUUAGUAUUUUUUAGCCGUAAUUUGCAAAUUAUUUAAAUUGGGUUUAUACAUUGAAUUUUUGUUUUGGCUAUUUUCCGCGAUACAAGUGCUAUAACCCCUUAAAACAAUUUGCGCUGCAAAUACUAAAAAAGCUUCGAGCUCGAGCUUUGUUCCAGCGUUUUAGCUUUUGCGAUCAGACAGGCCACUUGUGGAUGCCAUUGUCAGUCAUAACGUCCCCAACAGCAAAACCCACAAGUCGAUCAGAUAUUAGUAGUUAAUUAAAAUACUAAUAAAGGUAACAACAUGGUAAAGCAAAAAAUGAGGUUCCAAGACAUCUUAAGUAAAACUAUAGAUUUAUGUAAAAGUAAGUACAUAGCCAUUCCGGAGUGGGAAAAAGAAAGAUAUGGUAAGCAUUUCGAAGCGCUGCACUCUAUAAUAUUCGGGAUAUUGAGAUCGGAGAAUGCCCAGCUGGACAGCCUCAUCGCGGAGUACAGUUUGGAAGGUAUGCUCAGGUAGCCGUCCCAGUGGAUCCCAUCGCAUGGAUUCGCUGGACCUUGGCUGAACUUAAGCCGGAAAUGCAACCCACACACCUUCCUUAUCCCCAUCCCAUUUUCACCGUGAGUCAGAGUACUUGGAACCGCGAUAUCAAGUGCAGUAGUGUCGUAAAGAUAACGUGUUAUUGGCGCACUAUCAAAAUCCGGUCAUCGUCUUAGGGCCGCGAAUCGAUAUCAAGUGCAGUAGUGUCGUAAAGAUAACGUGUUUUUGGCGCUCCAUCAAAAUCCGGUCAUUGUCUUAAGGCCACGAAUCGAAUCCCUGCCCCUCGCGUCCCGCCUUUAUCCGCCGCGUCGCGUUUUUCGACCGUUACUUACCGCGUAGUUUCCGUUAAAUUUUACAGGGAGCACGGGUGAUAUGCUUAAAGUCGCGAAACCCAACGAAUUCGAUUUGGUAUUUAGGUUGCAAAUUCCGUAUUACGAAAGCAUCGUCGUGACGCGAGAUUCGAAUUAUCCGGGCAACGUAUUUCUCGAUAUGACGCGCGUGCUAGAACUUCUUGAAGAUGAUCCCCGCGAGGACCACCAGAGCAUCCUAAAACUACUUCAGCUUCAACUCGUGGACUCGCAAAACUUUCUCGUCGUAGACAAGCUCCGUUCCUGGCUCCAGAGCCUAUUUAGCCAAGCGCUCAAUCGGAUCGCGGAUCGCGUGGAGGUGGAUGGCAUCGUGUCUCUGCUUAAAUAUAGGACCUGUGGGCCGGCGCACACCAUCUUCGUGGAAGGGGAGCUGGAGUACUCGGUCGACUUCGUACCUGCCAUCCGCCUGGGAGUCGAACAGAACGUGUUGCUCGCGGACCAGUUGAUAUACUUUAAGCGCGCUAACUUAGCUUACUGGGAUGCGAUCCCCAAGCCCCUGAAAACCCAAACCCAGACCAGCAGCAUAUCAUUUAGGUCCUCGUUUUACUCAGCCGAGAGGGCAAUGCUGAAGGGUAAGCACGAGAAUUGUCGGGAUGCAAUCAAGCUAAUGAAAAAAUUUCGCGAUGUUAAGACCAACUUAAGCAACCUCAAGAGCUACUACAUUAAAACUUUGUUUCUUUGGAAGCUUAGCUAUGAACCAGAGUCAUACUGGCAGAAGCCGCUAACGUCAAUUUUGCCCGAUAUGUUUGACGACCUUGUAGAGCGUUUAGAGCUAGGAAUUCUUCCCUUCUUCUGGGACCCCGAACUGAACAUGUUUGACGUGUUGUCCCGGGACCAAGUGUUGGAAAUGUACCAAUGUGUCCGAAAAAUUCCAAGUGCACUGAGGGAAGCCCAAGUCCGUCAAGAGCAUUACUGUGGACUUUACGUUCUUCGAGUGUUCAGCCACAAAAAGGAAAGGAGUCUGCAAUGCUGUUCGAAGAGGAUUAGCAAGCGAAAGCGAAAUGAUAUCCAGCGGCUGACAUAGGAAAUAAUGAAGUUCUCUAAAAGCGCCGGCUGGAAACCCCGUGGUACAAGCCUGAAGGAUAGGACUCUUGGAAGAGCUACUUAGAGCUGUCAAAAUUCAAGUUCCGGAAUUAUCAUUGGAUCACCUACAAGUAUAAGGAAUCUAGAGUUUGUAAGGGGGUUUUCAUGUUUUACUGAAAUGCCGAUUCAGAAAAGGUAUUACAAAAUUUGUCUUUGAUGUUCAAAGAAAUUUUUGAAUAACGAAAAUAUGCUAAACGAAGAAAGAACGCUAUAGUCGACGACCAUCGACUAUCAAAUACCCGUUACUGAGGGGAAGGAAGUGCGAGAGAGAUACAUACAUAUGCAUGCAGCAAAUCGGCUAUUUCCAAAUUUGCGCACUUUGAUUUUAAUUUUUAAUGAAUGGUCCGAUUUGAAAAAAUGUUGGCAUGGGGUUUGUGAUAUAAGAACAAUGAUGAUCAGAACAAGAAGCUCUAGAAAUUGCAUGCCUAAUCCCAACUUUCUAGCUUGAUUAGUUUCCGAGUUCUCAGGGUUCAUAAGGGCGGACAGACAAACGGACAUGGCUAUUUCGGAUCGGUUUAGUUUAAGUCUCGAUGUUUUUAUUUUAGUUAAGCAAUAAUAUAACAUAACAUAACAUUUAAGGCAUUUUUCAAAAAUGUAAAGAAUAUAAUGUUUUUUUUGUGUUCUAUAAAAACAGCCUCUAAAAAAUCCAAAAUUAUCUUAAAGUAUUAACAUACUUUAACGGAUUUCCGUGUUUAACAUAGCAGCUGUUACCACAUCGAUAGUCCUAUCCAGAGUUGUCAACUUUUCGGGUCAUAAAAAGUGUAUACUAUCUAUACUAGGUGGAAAUAGGCAGAAAAACUUAUAAUGCUAGCUAAAAAAAUGUAUGUAUGUUUAAAAUUAAAUGAAUAUAUUAUAACUAAAAUCAAUUCUUUAGCUGUAAUUAUAAGUUAUUAAUUUUUUAAAUUAAGAGGGUCUUGAGUGAGAUAUACUUAUUCAAUUUGAAAUAUAUUUAUACGUGUUAUGAAAACU